CCUCAGCGGUCCUAGCUGGUGCGAAGGCGACCAAAUAAGGCAAGGUGGCAGACCGGGCCCCCCACCCCUGCCCCCAGCUGCUCCAACUGACCCCGUCCAUCAGCGCGCUAUAAAGCGGCGCGCCCGGCGCCGUCACCCAGCGCCGCAGCCGCCCAGCCGAGCCGAGCCGCCCGCGGACGACCCCGCUGAAGCUGUGCCAAGAUGUGUGACGACGAGGAGACAACCGCCCUGGUGUGCGACAAUGGCUCUGGGCUGGUAAAGGCCGGCUUCGCAGGCGAUGACGCGCCCCGUGCAGUCUUCCCUUCCAUCGUGGGCCGCCCGCGCCACCAGGGAGUCAUGGUGGGUAUGGGGCAGAAGGAUUCCUACGUAGGUGACGAAGCCCAGAGCAAGAGAGGUAUCCUGACCCUGAAGUACCCCAUUGAGCACGGCAUCAUCACCAACUGGGACGACAUGGAGAAGAUCUGGCACCACACCUUCUACAACGAGCUCCGUGUGGCUCCUGAGGAGCACCCCACCCUGCUCACUGAGGCCCCGCUGAAUCCCAAGGCCAACCGUGAGAAGAUGACCCAGAUCAUGUUUGAGACCUUCAACGUCCCUGCCAUGUAUGUGGCCAUCCAGGCGGUGCUAUCCCUCUAUGCUUCUGGCCGUACCACAGGCAUUGUUCUGGACUCUGGGGAUGGCGUAACUCACAACGUCCCCAUCUAUGAGGGCUAUGCUUUGCCCCAUGCCAUCAUGCGUCUUGAUUUGGCUGGUCGGGACCUCACUGACUACCUCAUGAAGAUCCUCACUGAGCGUGGAUACUCCUUUGUCACCACCGCUGAACGUGAAAUUGUCCGUGACAUUAAAGAAAAGCUGUGCUAUGUCGCCCUGGAUUUUGAGAAUGAGAUGGCCACAGCUGCCUCUUCCUCCUCCCUGGAGAAGAGCUAUGAACUGCCUGAUGGCCAAGUCAUCACUAUUGGCAACGAGCGCUUCCGCUGCCCUGAGACGCUCUUCCAGCCCUCCUUCAUUGGUAUGGAAUCUGCUGGCAUCCAUGAAACUACCUACAAUAGCAUCAUGAAGUGUGACAUUGAUAUCCGCAAGGACCUGUAUGCCAACAAUGUUUUAUCUGGAGGCACCACCAUGUACCCUGGUAUUGCUGAUCGUAUGCAAAAGGAAAUCACUGCCCUGGCCCCUAGCACCAUGAAGAUUAAGAUUAUUGCUCCCCCUGAGCGUAAAUACUCUGUCUGGAUCGGGGGCUCCAUCCUGGCCUCUCUGUCCACCUUCCAGCAGAUGUGGAUUAGCAAGCAAGAGUAUGACGAGGCAGGCCCAUCCAUUGUCCACCGCAAAUGCUUCUAAGAUGCCUUCUCUCCUAGUCUAUCUUACAUUCAGGAUGACAGUAUUACGCUUCUCGGAGUCUUCCGAACCACCCUCCCUCAUCUCUCAUCAAUCAUUGUACAGUUUGUUUACACACGUGCAAUUUGUUUGUGCUUCUAAUAUUUAUUGCUUUAUAAAUAAACCAGACCAGGACUUGCAACCUA